AUGUCUGAUGUACAUGCCAUGAUCGAGCCCAGCCACGGCGACCUCGCCGCCAACCCGCUGCUCACCGACCCCAUCAUCAAGCAGCUCCUCCAGAACCGCGGCCCUGCAACCGACGUCACCGAGUCGUUUGAGCACGAGCGCCAGCUCCGAAUGUACAAUAUGCUGCGACAUUCAAAUCACUACAAGCGCGCCCAGGUUGCCGAUGCCAACUUCAAGUGGGCCAACGACCUCAACCAGGCCUUGGACGAUAUGAACAUGAGCGACGUCUCUAUCGCCGAAUUUGACCCGGACCGCUCGGUAGCCUGCAGCGUCACCCCAGUAGAGGAUCCAGCGGACCAUGGCCGCCGUCCCAAGGUCGAGGCUCGCAGUACCGACACUUUGGCUUCGGACAAGGGCACUGCCGGCCCUGCAGGUCUGUUCUGCUCACCAGGCCCACAAGAACCUGCUGAGCGGUCAAACGGACGGCUCUGUCCCGGAGCCUCAGUCGAGAUGCGAGUGCCGCCCCAUAACAAGGGCCGUCGGGUGUCGUUCAGCCAAAAAGUCAAGGCCUACCAAGAAAUCGAGCCCGAAGACAGCCCGAGUACCCUGGCCGCUCUCUGGGCUCUGAGCACAGAGCGGGAGACCAGUCAGUCCAAAUCAUCCAGCCAUCCAGCCUCUCUGCCCACGAUCGGAAUAUCGCCAAAGUCGCCGGUGCUGCUAGCCGUGUCCUCCGAUACGCUGUCGUCUCGCCGUGGCUCGCUCUCUGGAUCGGUGACGAUCGAGACCGAAAUCCCGCUGCGAUGCGACGACGGUCCGAUGCCGUUCAUGAUCCACAACCAUGCACACCCUGCCACGAUCGGUUCUCACGAGGGCUCGCACCGGACCAUUACUGCCGAUGCCGAGGGCCUGAUCCUCAAGCAAUCGACAAGGGCCGGGACAGCACCUCAGGAAGAAACGGACUCUGGCCGGCUAUCGGGCGAGCACGCUGUCGGCCAAAAGAAGGGCCUCAAAGGUCUGGUCACAUCGACCCUCAAGAAGAUAUUCCAUGGGCCAACGCAACAAUACUGCAGUCGGCACUCGGAGGUUGCCGAGGUGAUCCCUGUGAUUGCAGAGGGCCCCAUGGAGAUGUGGUCCUGGGCGAGCCGUGGGAACUGUGGUGCCGAUUCCUCAGCCCAGGAUGCCUGGGCCGCCGCCCUGCAGCAUCUGCGUAUCCAUUCCGAGAGCACCGACUUGCCCACCACUCGGUCGCUUGCCUCGCCGCUGCGGGCCCAAGCAACCUCGAUCAAGCGGGUGUCCAAGUCGCUGAUGUUCAUCCAUCUGCGGAUCGGCGAGGUGCCGCUGGCGGCGAUCGCCAAACGAGCCAACUUUUCCGAUUCGGCCCAGAGCGAGCUCGACCAUAUCCACCGGUACCUGCGGGUGGGCGACUCGAUCGAAUGCGAGGGCCCAUUGGAGUGGGACACCCGCACCGACCCCAAGAAGCUGCUCUUCCGGAUCGAAAGCGUCAAGAUCGUGCAAAAAUGGAACGUCGAGCGGGACGGCGCCUUUCAGAUCGAGAUGGAGCUCCCGCCGGCAGCGUCUCGAUCGGGUCUGUCUGUGAAUCUGCCGCAAGAUGCAGAGCACGGAGUGAUAUCUGAUCCACAGGCCGGAUCACCCCGGGACCCACAAGAUUUGCAGCCGGACCAGCAGCGCCUGGGCGAGCGCGGGCCAUGCAAGUUCUGGAUCAACACCGGCCGGUGCCCCGUCAAGAACUGCAUCUGGAGGCAUGAGGAGGGCGAGGCCCUGCAGCGAUCCAAACGAGCCUACCUACACGAUCGGCUCAAACGGCGACGCAUCGAGCUGCCGGCCUCCCAGAACGACCCCAUCCCUUCGGCUGCCAAGGCCUCGCACCACUCUCGUGCCCAAGUGUUUGCCCGCUGGAUCGUCGAGACCUUUUCUCCGACGACCGAGCUCAAUCUGGGCAUGGGAGUGCUCGACGUUGCGGGCGGUCGCGGCGAUGUCUCGUUCGAGCUUGCGAACGGGUUUGCUGUCCGGAGCACCCUGAUCGAGCCCAGGGCCGUGAUGGCCACCAAGCGACAGAUCCGGGCUCAGAGGAAGCGGGAAGAGGUGCUCCGGACAGAGCAGAUCGCCGGUGCCGAGCACGACGAGCACCACGAGGAUUUGGUGGAUGACGACGGAGCUGGCGAUAACGAUGAUGCCGACGACUCACAGCAUGAAGGCGACCAACGUCAGAUCAGCAGCCCGUCAAGCAACCCACCUCAGCCCAAAAUACAGCGAGAGGCCGCAUGCGAAUAUGGCAACCGCGAUGAUAUUAACAACAGUGGCAACAUCAACAUCAACAACAAUGACGAUAUCAACAUCAACGACAAUGACGGCAUCAACAUCAACAACAAUGACGAUAUCAACAUCAACGACAAUGACGGCAUCAACAACAGCGGCGGUGUCCGCCUCUUCCAACACGUCCAGCAGCGUUUCGACCUUGCUCUGCAAGAUCCACUCCUUGAGGCCCGCCUGCGGAUGUGCUCGAUGCUGGUUGGGAUGCACCCUGACCAGGCCACCGAAGGGAUCGUCGACGCCGCUCUCGCCUGGGGGCGACCGUUUGCUGUGGUGCCCUGCUGCGUCUUUGCCAAGGAGUUUCCAGGCCGGAGGCUCCGCAGCGGAGCGCCCGUCAGCACCGUCGACGAUCUGGUUGCCUAUCUGUGCGAGAAAGCCGAUGGUAUCCAGACGGCCCAUUUGCCGUUCCAUGGUCGCAAUCUGGUGGUUUAUCGGCUGAAGUGA